AUUCCCCAAGCCCAUCCCACUUGCGACCGUCUCUGGCUCUUUGUGUGAGCGACUUCAUUCAAACUUGAAGAACAGAAAAGUAAAUAGAAAAGAUGCUCGAGAAGUGCUCAUUGUCUCUUCCAUCACAAUCUGGUGACGCCCCUCGGUUCUUCCAGACCCUCAAUGGCCUUCGACAUCUCGCAGAGACGCGUCGUUUUAAGGCAUGGUUCUUGGAUCAGUUUGGAGUACUUCAUGACGGAAAACAACCUUAUCCGGGUGCAAUUUCAACAUUAGAGAAGCUAGCAACCACAGGUGCCAAAAUGGUAAUUAUAAGUAAUUCCUCGCGCCGUGCAUCAAUAACCAUGGAGAAAAUGAAGAGCAUGGGUUUUGACUCAUCUCUCUUUGCAGGAGCCAUCACUAGUGGAGAAUUAACACAUCAGCACCUACAACGGAGAGAUGAUGCUUGGUUUGCAUCACUAGGAAGGUCAUGCAUUCACAUGACCUGGAGCGACCGCGGAGCUAUAUCUCUGGAGGGCCUUGGCUUGCAAGUUGUGGAGAAUGUCGAAGAAGCUGAAUUUGUUUUGGCUCAUGGAACUGAAGCUCUGGGACUCUCUUCUGGCGCUGCCCGUCCUAUGAAUCUUGAGGAUCUUGAGCAAUUGUUGGAGCAAUGUGUAUCUAAAAAGAUCCCAAUGGUGGUUGCUAAUCCAGAUUAUGUGACUGUGGAAGCUAGGGCUUUACGCGUGAUGCCUGGGAGUUUGGCAGCCAAGUAUGAGAAGCUUGGGGGAGAAGUGAAGUGGAUGGGCAAGCCUGAUAAGGUGAUUUAUAAAUCAGCUAUGACCAUGGCUGGUGUGGAUGCUUCCGAAUGUGUUGCUGUGGGCGAUUCUUUUCACCACGAUAUCAAGGGUGCAAAUGUAGCUGGAAUUCAAUCGGUGUUAAUCACUGGAGGGAUACAUGCAACUGAACUUGGACUUACUGCUUUUGGGGAAGCUGCUGAUUUAUCUUCUGUUCGAGCACUUGCAUCCAAGUAUGAAGCAUGUCCAUCAUAUGUUUUACCAGCUUUUACGUGGUAAUAUCUCAUCUUUUUCAGAUAAGAGAGAGAGGAAGGCAAGGGUGGGAGUGGUGAUGAAAAUAAAUGAUGUUAUUGGAGCUCUAAACAAACAAAAAAAAUAUAUAAUUAAUUGGGUCACAAAUUGAAAUGACAUUUGGUUGUUUACCAUGAUUCGAGUUCCUCUACAUGUAUGUUAAAACUAAAUGCGGAUUUGGCUUUGAAAUUACUUCUUGGUGGUGACCUACACCCAAAU